AUGGGGUGCUCCGGCUCCAAGGACGCGAAGCUGGAGUUCCAGGAGGCGCCGUCGCCAUCUGCCUCUCCGGUGCUGAAGCCCGAGGGGAUCGGCGUGGAGGCUGUAAAAGCCAGCAGCGUCCUCGUCGCAGUCGGCACGUACACGCCAAUCAUUCACCUCUUCUCUCUCGAUUCGCAAGCGGCGCUCACGCCAGUCGCCACCUCGACGGAGUUCGGCUCCAACCACGAGGCAAUCGUCCUCUCGCCUGUGUCGGGGGACACCGCCACCCUUGUGGUGGCGAACAACAACGCCGCAUCGAUUGCGGCCAACGGCAUAAGCGGCCCGGAGCACCUGCAGGGCGAGACGCACGUGCAUACUGCGCGAGUCUCUGCCGCGGGCAACGUCGAGCCGUGCACCAAGCUGCUCUUGCCCGGCGAGGGGCCCAUCCACGCUUGUGUGCAUCCCUCGGGCACAGUGGCCAUUGCCAAUUACGUGGGUGGGACCAUGAAUCUGGUCGCGGACAGCACCGUGGCGGAGGGCGACGUGGCGACGUGGACGUGGCCGCGUUCCGACGAAUGGAACGCGGACGGCACCCCUCAAAGGACGCCCAAAGAGCUGCAGCGGUGCAAGACAUCGCCGCACGACGGUUUGAACCUGCCCACCUCGUUUUCUCUCACCGCAAAGGGUGACUUCGGCUACACCACCACCCGCACCGCCCGCGUGCCCGGCGGCGACGGGCGACCACCGGCCCCAGUGGGCGUCUUCGAGGUGGAUGCGGCCGAGGGCACACUCACGCACCGCCAGUGGGUCGACAGCGGCGGGUGGAACACGCGCGACAGCGUGCUGAGCCCGGAUGACAGCGCGCUGCUGGCGGUGGACGUCCUCGGCGGCACGCUCACUGCGUUCAAACGCGACGUGACGAGCGGACUGCUCGAGAAGAGCGCAGUGGUCAGCGCGCCCAAGGCCACGGGGAUCACCGUGUGGAAGCCGGCCUCGUAG